GCAUCAGACGAUCCGGGCUAGGGGUUCCAGGGGUUAUCUCUAUCGAUUCGAGGCUGCGCGACAUAUGCUCCAGAAGGUUCUACUACAACCCAUGACCAGUGCUCCAUGCGGUACAUAGCCCUAUGACUCAUUAGUUGUAGAUAUGACUCAGACUGGAUUUGGGUAUAAAUACUGUAGCUACUUGGUUGUAUUCUCCAGUCUUCGAAUUCACUUCUCUUUUCGACUUUGUUUUUGGGUUGAUUGUCACAUACUGCUCCUACCAUGUCAGGACAUCUGUGACAAUCAACCCAAAAAUGAAGUCGAA